GUUUAUCAGCGAUUCUCAUCCACCGUGGAAGUGCGAAAGUGGUUAUCGCCGACGCGAUAAACCGAGUAAAGAGUCGUAGACGACGUGUAUUUUUUGUGACCUGUGUCCCAAGAGGGUGUUUAAGUAUUCGAUUUUCAAUUUUUAGCGGCGUUCAUAUAAUCAUACAAAAUGGAGGAUGAUGAGAAAAUGGACAUCAUGCGCAAAGCAUUCCAAAUGUUCGACACCCAAAAGACCGGUUUCAUUGAAACACUCCGCCUCAAGACCAUCCUGAACAGUAUGGGUCAAAUGUUCGAUGAGAGCGAAUUACAAGAUCUCGUCGAUGAGAAUGAUCCCGAAGAUACCGGCAAAGUGAAUUUCGAUGGUUUCUGUAAUAUUGCCGCACAUUUCCUCGAAGAGGAGGAUACCGAGGCUAUACAAAAGGAACUGAAAGAAGCUUUCCGUUUGUACGAUCGUGAAGGUAACGGUUAUAUUACCACAUCCACAUUGAAGGAAAUUCUCUCGGCUUUGGAUGAUAAACUCUCCUCAAGUGAUUUGGAUGGUAUUAUUGCGGAAAUCGAUACUGACGGUUCGGGAACUGUUGAUUUCGAUGAAUUCAUGGAGAUGAUGACUGGGGAUUAAUUCUGCUUAUGUACACCUACACGCGUACCUACCUAUAUAMUUAUAUGUUGCAUACAUAUAUACACACGCACGCACACUUAGUGUUGCAACGAGGAUGAAGAUGAAGGAGCGGAAAACUGCAAUAAAUAUACCAACAAUAAAAACACACGUGCAAAUUGUUACGGAUCGUUUUGUAUGUUCAACUUGUUGUUGUUGUUUUUGUUGUUAUAGUCAUUGAUUUUACAAAUGUGUGUAUUAAAAUGAAAUUAAUUAUAAAUUUAUGCAUAUUUA